AGGUUAGCCAUUCGAAAUUGUAAAUUUUGAUUGAUUUGUUUGGGAUAAUUUUUUUUUAAUGCAAAAAAUCAACCAUGAAUCAAAUCAUAGCUAUCAUUUUUCUUAUUACAUUUACCAAGUUCGGUAUGCUAAAAGCCGAUGAUAAUAAUAAUAAUAAUGAUCGAAAUAAUUGUGAUAAAGCAAUCGAUUCGUUUGUUGAUGAAUGUCAAAGUGUACGAUCAAUGUUAUUGAAAGAAACAAGUAAAGAUGAUAAGAUUAUCUGUUGCAAACAUGCACGAUAUAAUCUUUGUAUGCAAGCAUUAAGACAAUUUGUAACAUCAUCACAAACAAUAAAUGUUUGUAUGGAUUCACGAUUCGAUGAAAAAAUGCAAUCAAUCGAACCGGAUAAUCGAAUUAUGUUGAUUGAAAAACAAUGUCAAACAUUUGAUACAAAAACUUGUAUUACAAAUGCUUUGAAUGGUGCAUGGGAUACUAUUAAUCAACGUUAUAAUUUAACAGAAUUAUCAUCAUCAUUUACUAAAAAUUUAAAUGAUGCAUUAGAAUCGAUUGGUGGUUUUUUUAAAAAUAUUCAA